AUGUGUUUGGAAGGCGCGAUCACUCGCGAGCAGCGAGAGCGGUUGGAACAAACCGAACGCGAAGACUUGGAGAAGGCGUUUUCGAAGAAACUUUCCCUGGUGGAUGAUGGGAAGAGCGGGGGCGGGAGAAAAGCCUCCUCCUCCUCUUCUUCGUCCAAGAAGAACGCCGAUGCCGCGACGACGGAGUCUUCUGAUUUGAGAGAGGUGAUCGAGAAAAAGCGAGCUGGGGCGAGCGCCGAAAAGGGCGUCGGGAAGAGCGGUGAAAAGGUGAACAAGGAGCAGCAACACGCGCAGUCGCCGUCGACGAAGAACUCGAGGCAACGCCGGGCGGAGAUGAGGAAAGAGAAGAGAGAAGGCGCGCAGGAGACGAAGAAGAAGAGCAGCGAUAAGAGCACUUCCGUUGCGCAAGCGGCGACAGCGGCGAGCGAGAGUGGGAAGAAGAAGAAGAAGGAGAACGACGUCGGCGGCGAAGCUUUGGAGGUGCUGAAGAAGUCGCAGGAAGAAGCGGCAAAGAUGGAGAAGAAGAAGAAGGAGGAAGAGGAGAAGAGUACGGCGGACGAGGAAGGUCCUCCCGGGUAUCCGCAACCGAAAUAUUCCGAUUAUCUCGCCAAGAAGGAAACAGAAAAGGAAGAGGAGACGAAGAAGAAAGAGUACACGUCGCCUUUCGCGCACAUUUUGCAGUGCGCGCCAACGCCGUUACCGCCGUCCUUUGAUACGCCUCAAGGUGCCAGAGGGGAAGGUUUUGUUCUCGGCGAUCGCGAUAAGGUGCCGACCUCUCUGUUCAAUGUCGACUCCACGUGGCAAGGAUCGGCGGCGUUCGCGCCGCCGACAAAGUUGACGAGAGAGUCCAUCAAAUCGAUUCCGUCGUUUACUCCCGGCACGCCGGUGAAAACUAAUAACAACAACAACAACAACAACAAACCGCGCGAACGCAUUCCGAGAGAGGAAAAAGACGAUCACCUCACGGCGAACGAUUUGUACAAAACCGAGCUCUGCCGAUCGUGGAUUGAAACCGGCGAGUGCCGAUACAACGACAAGUGCCAAUUCGCGCACGGUCGCGACGAGUUACGCUGCGUCGUGAGGCACCCAAAGUACAAAACGCAAGUCUGUCGCACGUAUACGACCACUGGUCAGUGCCCGUACGGCAACAGAUGCCGUUUCAUUCACGAAAAGCUUCCCGAAAAAGGCGUCUUGGGUACACUCGCGACCAACGGGCACUACGUGAUCACGGAAGACUGGAAACCGGGCGGAGGCAAAGAUCCUCUGUGUUUGCGUAAAAACGUCUCGGGAGAGUUUGGCGACAUCGCCGUCACCGAGGACAGUAAAGACGAGGAUAACACGCCGAAAAGGUUGGGCAUUUUCCGACACAUCACGCACGAUGAAUCGUUAUCGUUAUCGGAAGGCCAAUCUUCGCCGCCGUCCUCGCCGACCUCCGCUGAGGAAGGCGAGAUUCGAGGCGCGCGUACCUAUCAAGAACAGGAUCAACAACACCAGCGCGCGAACCAAAACCUGGAAUUCGAAGGAUUCGCCGGACCUAUUCCUCGCACGCCGGAUUUGAGCAAGAGAUACUUCUAG